AUGUUGGUUACGCUGAAGACUCUACAACAACAAACUUUUCAAAUAGAAAUUGACCCAGAAGAAACUGUUAAAGCGCUUAAGCUGAAAAUCGAAGUAGAAAAAGGUAAAGAUUAUGUUGCUGAUCAUCAAAGGCUUAUUUAUGCAGGGAAAAUAUUGUUGGAUGACAAUAAAAUAUGUACUUACAACAUAGACGAAAAGAAAUUUGUUGUUAUCAUGGUGACUAAACCUAAAACAUCGGAAACCCCAGCGUCAACUACAUCGGCGCCCGAAAGUGGUGAAAGUGCUUCCACAGAGAGCGGAGAUGCUAAAGCAAAACCCGCACCUGAAGAAGCUCCUAAACCACCACCUGCAGCGGAACCUGAGCCAGUGGCAACCUCUAAUGAACCUGAUUUCGAAUCUACUGUUCAAAGCAUUAUGGAUAUGGGAUAUAACAGACAGCAAGUUGAACAAGCUCUAAGAGCUUCAUUUAAUAAUCGAGAGAGAGCUGUAGAAUAUUUAAUAACAGGUAUCCCAGAAGAAUUACUUCAAGAACAGGAAGCUGAAGAUGGCCCAGAUGAUGAUCCUCUGGCAUUUCUUCGUGAUCAACCUCAAUUUCAACAAAUGCGUGCAGUAAUCCAACAAAAUCCUAACUUGUUAAAUGCUGUUCUUCAACAGAUUGGCCAAACAAAUCCAGCCUUAUUGCAAGCUAUCAGUGAACACCAACAAGCAUUUGUAAGAAUGUUGAAUGAACCAAUUAAUCCAUCAGCCGCUGGAGCUGUUGCUGAAGAGAAUGCUAUUGAGCUACCCCAAGCACAACAACCGCAAGUUUCACCACAAGAUAAAGAGGCUAUUGAACGAUUAAAAGCAUUGGGUUUUCCAGAGCAUAUGGUUAUUCAAGCAUACUUUGCUUGCGAAAAAAAUGAAAAUCUUGCUGCAAAUUUCCUACUUUCACAGAAUUUUGAUGAUUAG